GCAGCGUACUGGCUGAGUCGACGCGUUCGGUUUGCUGCACCGAAACGUAAUCUCUUUGUGUCUGUGAUAGUGCUCCACGAGUAUUGUGAUUUUGUGGUGUUUCCUCGUUUUGAUUGGAUUUUGUGGUGUCCUUUAUUGGAUUUUUCACUGUUGACUGUUUACGGAGACAUCUCUGGUGGUGCUGCAGAUUGUGCUUUUGGACUAUACCGGUAAAGUACUUAUUGUAGACUAUAUUUCGUAAUGGACUUAACGAUUGUACUAGGACUUUAUCAAGAAAGUGGUGUAAUUGUGUUGGUUUAACCUGUUUGCACACAAGAGCCACCAGGCCUACUCGGUCGUGAUCCGGGUUCUCUUGUGGUUUGACCACAACAGUUUUAUUUGUACGGGUAUCUUUAUGGACACUGAACCAUUUAUGGUCUUGUUUAAAGCUUGACUUUAUUGGCCCUGCUCCUGUUACCCUUAUGGCACUUUGGCCAACCGCAGGGCUAUAAAAUUCAGCUGGUACCAUCAUAACAAAGCUGCUAAUAGACUUUCCGUUGUAAAACUCCUGCUGGCUUCUUGCACGUGUUUGUGUUUAUGGCAUUUAUCGACACUGUCAAUUGAGCGUGUGCGUUCGGGUUGGGAGUGUUGACACGAAAAUGCGUUGCUGAGUACGAUGGCAACCGGCGGGGCCUUAGAGGAAGACAGUGGCUCUUUGGACACGAGAGAGACGCCGGCGAAGAUGAAAACGUCAGGCCUUUGUAUGAAGAAUGGAUUCCCAGGUGAUCUCAGAUACGCAGAGGAUUAUCAGACGAGUCCUGAAUCCUCUGAAGGGAGGAGGCCCCGUGGGAUGUCUUCCGAUGAAGAGGAGGACGAAAUCAGUGUCGGGUGUCCUUCGCCGAUACCGGAUAGAUUAGCCGAUGGGUACCAUUCUGAUGAAGACAGCUGUCCCAGACGACCCGAAUCUCCUUUACUUUCGAGAACAGCUUAUCAAGAAGAGAGGUCAUCGGGAGAUGAAAUCGAGCAAAGCGACGAAAGGACGUCCUCCCUGAGUUCCGCGUCAACGACCAUACAUUGCAGAAGAACUUCUCACACGUGUUCGUCCGAAGACGACACCGAGCACAGAGAAGACGAGUACUUCAAACCUUUAAAGAAGUUAAAAAUGAUGCAGAUCGACAAAGUUAGUUAUAGUAUAAACCGUGCAAAGUCCUCCAAGAGGAUACACAGGCCUCACCAGUCGCAUAGUCCUAAGGAAUCAACGUCCACAGUAAGAAGACAAAGUUUAGAGGAUUCGUCAUCUAACGGUGUGAAAUCAUUUUCAAUUCUGGAUAUUCUAAAUCAUAGACCUUCGAAAGGAGUUAGAUUAGAGGAACCGAGGGAUACAGUUGUUCCGACAAGGAUCGUCAGGCCUUGGGAUUACGGAGGGUUGGAAGACCCCAGCGGGUCCUGUCUGCCUCCUCCGGCUCACAGAGGGUUGAUUCCUCCACCGCCCCCGCUGCUUCUGGAAAGGUACCACAGGGUUCACCAACACCUGCGCCCCAAGUCAGCGGACUUCUGUUCCUCCUACGACACCUCCACCUGCAGUUCCAGCGGCCGCUCCAGCACUGGAGGCAGCGACUGCUGCACGUCCCCCGACAUCCUCAACUGUACAGUCAACUCCCCCGGACCCGCGCACCAACGGCGGCCACCCCCUCAGACCCAAAGGAAGUCCGGGAAGCAAGCCAGCUCGUCACCUUUGGACGCUCUUUUCCAGAUGACCAGCAAGACGUUUGAAGAGCUGAACGGCGAAGGAGGAUCAGAGGGUCAGCCGAACCAUCUGAAUCUGUUCAACAGCCGACAACAGCCGAAGAAGAAACGUAAGUCAAGGACAGCCUUCACCAACCACCAGAUCUUCGAGCUCGAGAAGAGGUUCCUCUACCAGAAGUACCUUUCGCCCGCCGACCGGGACGAGAUAGCCGCCCAGCUGGGCCUCACCAACGCCCAGGUGAUCACGUGGUUCCAAAAUCGCCGAGCCAAGCUCAAGCGGGACAUGGAGGAACUGAAGAAGGACGUCGAGUCUACCAAGGUGCUGAACGCCCAUAAGUCCUUCCUGGAGAACGUACAAAAUCUCGGAAUCCUGAAGAAGAAGUCAGUGGUGAGCGCUGGAGCAGAAGACAAACCUAUGAACGUUGUCAUGGAGAAGUGAAUAACGCCAAACUGAACUGUCUCUGAAAAAUAAUAAAUUUGUGUUAUGAACGUCCCUCAAAAAUUUACCGUUUCUUCAGUGUUCAUUCUAAUAUUAAUGUUAUAGUAAUGUGAAUAAUUCAUGAGUUCAACGAUUCUAAAAUUAAGUUAAUACUGCAAGUAAUGUUGAAGUGACCUUAAAUUAAUUUCCUCAGAUUGUUAAGUUAGUCAAAAUAUUAUUAUAUUAUUUUAAUGAUUCCUAGCUGGCAUAACAUUUUUUGUAAUAUUAAGUCCACAAAUAAUUACUUUUGUAAUAGAAUAAAAAGUAUUUUUUUCUUCGAUGUUAUUUUUAUUUUGCUAGCAAGAAACUCGUGGAUUUUGUAUUUUACUGAAUUGUUCUCCAAUCGAAAGGCGAAAUAGUUUGUAAAGACAUAUCAUAUAGAGAUUCCAAAAGGAAAUUAUAUUUUGGACCUGAAAAUAAACAAUAAAGUUUGACUAAACAUAAAAUAUAUUACAUCUGUUUAUUUACAUUAUAAUAUAUAUAUACACAUAUAAAUACAUAUAUAUAUA